UCGUAUGAAACACCGAGCAGCUCGCGCCUUAAAAAUUCACCGCAAGAAUAGGAGCGAGCACUUCGAUAAAACAAAGAAUUUCUCUACUCAUAAACGUUAGUCUAUCGCGCUGAUGUUCAGUAUUGUUUUAUUGAAGGAUUGCAUUGGAGUGAGAACCAUUCGUUAACAACUCGUCUCAUUACCUAGACGCUCAUCAACGCAUCAACGAGAGCGCAAAAACUACAGGCUACCAAAGUGAAAUCCUGCAGCACAAAACGAUAAAACGAAGUGAACAAGAAGUUUGUGACAGCAGUUCAAUGGACGUACAUAUUAAAGGAGUAAAUUAUUAAAAAAAGGAACAAGCCUUACAUUGAAUAAGCUUUAAAAUAUUGGAGUUCUCCAGGAGUGUUAUCAUAAACGGAAAAUAAAAAAUUGUGUCAGAUACAGUUAAGAGUGAAACGCAAACGACGACUGAUUCAAGAGUUUUCAAUCGCAAACAAAGAACAAAGAGUUGAAAAGCAGACGCAACAAUGAGUUGUAACGGCAACGGUAAUGAUCAUAAAGUUACAUCUUUCUUUAUCAAAGAUAUUUUAACGCUGAAGAACGCGCCUCGUACCACCGCAGACAGUUCAAAAAUCUUCUCGUACGCGAGCAAUACCUCAUUGUCAAAUGAUAAAUUUCAUUUGCCAAAUUUUUUUCAACACACUGCCUUUAAUCGUGAUGUUUUUAAUGAGCAAACUGAAGAUGAGGAAAGCAAGAUGAAAUUGAAACACUUGUUUGAAGAUGACAACCGAGACAUAGACGGAAAAAGAAGUGACCUUAAGCCUCAUAUAGAAACAGGCUUUUUGAGCAAAAACGAGAAAAAAGAUUUGACAAAUGAAAUGAAAGAAGAAACUACACAAGCUACCUCAGCAAAAGUAAGCAAGAAGCGGUCACGUGCUGCGUUCACACACACGCAAGUGUAUGAGCUCGAACGACGAUUUAACCAACAAAAAUAUCUUUCGGGACCGGAGCGCGCGAGUCUGGCAGCGAUGUUGAACCUCACGGAAACGCAAGUGAAGAUUUGGUUUCAAAAUCGCAGGUACAAGACAAAGCGUCGACAAUUGGUAGAAGCAGCUGAUUGUCAACCAAUCACGGCAAAGAAAGUCGCUGUAAAAGUUUUGUAUCAUGACGAGAUGCAAAGGAGCGACGCGUUUGGUUUUUAUCACUUCUCUGACGCGCAUCGAAUGCAAAUCGACUAUGCAUCAGCAGAAUGCAGAGUGCUUAACUACCAUUGUUCGGGUAUGUCGUGCUAGACGAAAACUUUACACUUGUAACAAAUCAUGAAAAUAUUGUUUGGUAAAUUGCUGUUCUGUUAUACAGAAAUAUUAGAUGUAGAACACAAAGUCUAGAAUAUGAUAAAAAAAUGGCUGAUUAGUAAGAAAAAGCUUGCUGGAAGAUCAUUGAAUAUUAUUACACAACCUUUUUUGCUUGCCACAGCUCAAACGUGCUACUUAAUGUAAUGUGUUCGUUAAAUUUAGAAAGAUUAGCAGAGUAGGAACUUUAACACCAAAUUAUCGACUCGUAAUGAUGGCAAGAUUAUUCAAAAUUCCGAGAAAAAAAAUUAUAAAUGUAGGAAUACA